CUCCCGGCAACUGCCAAUCCUCGGCGGCGCUCCGGCUUGCUUGCCCCGCCCCGGGGCGGUGGUGCGGUGGUUCCGCCCAGCGCGCGGCGGCCUGUGGGUACGAGGGGCAGCGCUGGCCGCGGCCUGAGGAGAGGGGUUCGGCGGCGAGCGGUGGGGCAGGCCCGGCCCGGCUUGACGUGACCGCUGUGAGGAGCGGGGGCUGAGGGCGCCGCCUCCCCGAGGCGCUCACCGCGGACGCUUCCUGCGCGACCCGCUGUCGGUGGCACCAUGUCGGCCCUCCCGAGGAGCUACAACCCCUUCGCCGAGGACGAGGAGGAGGCGGCGUGGCCGGCGAGGGGCAGCGGGGAGGCGAGCGGCGCCGAGCGGCAGCGGUACCUGCAGCAGGAGAUGCUGCGUCGCUCCGCCGCCACGGCCGACAGCACCGCCCGCUCCCUCUCGCUCCUCUACGAGUCCGAGCGGAUCGGCGUGGCCACCUCCGAGGAGCUUGUACGUCAAGGAGAGGCACUGAAGCGCACAGAACAGAUGGUAGAUAAAAUGGACCAGGACUUGAAGACUAGUCAAAGGCACAUAAAUAGCAUUAAGAGUGUUUGGGGGGGCUUGGUGAACUACUUCAAAGCCAAACCUCCAGACAGCAAGCCAGAGCAGAAUGGAACCCCUGAAUAUUAUGCUAACAGUAGAUUAAAAGAAGCAAUGAUGUCUAGUAAAGAACAAGAGUCAAAAUACCAGGAAAGUCAUCCAAAUUUAAGGAAGCUAGAUAAUUCAGACAAUGAUUUCAGCAAAGCGGAUUUAGUUUCUUCAGUGCAAAGGGAUUCCUAUCCAAAGAACCAACACCUGCGAGCUUACCACCAGAAAAUUGAUAACAAUUUAGAUGAGAUGUCUUCUGGGUUGAGUCGUCUGAAAAACCUAGCUCUUGGUCUGCAGACAGAAAUAGAUGAGCAAGAUGAUAUGCUGGAUCGGCUAACAAAAAAAGUAGAGACACUGGACAUCAAUAUUAAAAGCACUGAUAAAAAAGUCCGACAACUUUAAAGGAUUUUUAGAAAUUUUUUUGUCCAGCGUCAGUUCUUCUUGGAUGUCUUAUCUCAACCAAUCUCUUAACAAAUCUUGGACAGUAUCUGUUUCUCUUUUUGCAGAUGUUAUUGAUUUUGUUGUCAUUAAAAUUGCAUAAUCUUAAGUGCAGCAUAAUACCUUAAACUUCUUCUUAAUGUACAUGGGAAAAGUGCUUGUUGAGUAAAAUCUCUAAGCACUUGGUAAAUGCUUUUGUGCUGGAUACCUUGCUGAAUUGUACCACUGUGCGUCUUGCGUGUGGAGGAAUUUGCAAUCUACAGAGCUUCAGUGUCCUUGGCCCAGGAGCUGUGAUGAGAAAAGUAACUGCAUUUUGCCUCUGUUUUGGGGAGGGGGCAGGGGGAACGGAAUGUGCUGCUUUGUUCGGAACAAACGUUGCUAAUUCUGUUUACCUACAGCUAUUUUAAAUUCUGAAAAAAUGUCAAUUUCCAGCUGUAAAAAUAAUUCAAAGUGACUGUUCUCUGGCAUUUCUAGGGCUUAGGGAACGAACUGUUCUGUGUAAGUUGUAAAAUAUCAAGGGUAUCAUGCAGUAAUGAUAAUAUCCUGUGCAUGUUCCCUUUCCUAAGAUGACUUUUGCCAAAUGGUGAAUCUGCGAACUGUGGAUUUUAUGUUUGGGUCACUAAAUGCUAUCGUCUUUACAGUAUUUUCAGUAAAGAUCUCUAAGGGUAUCUUACGGUCUGCAAGAAAUGUUGAUUGACAGUGACCCAAAAAGUUUGAGCAACAAAAUCAGCGCUUGAAAGUAUGUGCCCUUAAAGAUUCUUUUGUAGAAAUUGUCACUCUAGGCUUAUUUUCUGCUUUCUCAGCUUACUCAGUUCACUGGUUAUUUGAAAAAUAGCUUCAAUUUUAGAAGUUGGUCUGAUAUUGCACAAACAGAUCAUAGGAGAUUGUUCUUUAACAGUUAUUUCAAAUGUGGUUAAGGAUUGAGCAGAUGCUGUAUUUUCCUGGGUAACGUGACUGUUUUUAAGAAACUCAGCUAUACUUCUGCAUUGGCUUAGCAGGUAUGAAAAGUUCCUGCAAAUGAAGAAAAGCUCAAAAACGUUUUUGAGUCUUUCAGAUACAAGUUGGGCCUUCCAAUUUGUUUUAUUCUUUUGUAAGUAUCGCUGUAGAACAAACUAAUUACAAUUCUGCUCCAGCCCAAAGACAUGACAGCAAGAACUUGCUGUCUGUCUUAAACAAGUGAGUGGUUUCUGUUUGGAAAGGCCAAGGGAUCUGUGUCAGUAUUGCAACACUUGCUAUCGCAAAUGACAAUGAGUGGCUAAGAAGAGAUAGUUACUUUUCUGAGCUGGUGCCACAUUAUUUUGCAAAUUAAAGGAAGACCUUGGUGUUUAGGGCUAUCACGCUUGUAUCCUUCAUGAACAUCACAUCCACAGCCUCCCCUUUCCUUUUUUUUUUCCCCAAGGGAUUUGUUAAAUCCAGCUCACUUGCUACAAAGUGCACCCAUUUGGUAAGGAGAUAAAAGACUUGAGCCUUUCUUCUUUGGCUAUGUUUCCUGAAAGUUCCCUUGUAGAAAAAUAAAUCACUAAAAAAAGCUACACUUCUUGAACAUAGUAUUAUGGGGAAAAAAAUGUUAUUUUGGGGGUUACUAGCAAAGUAGAGUUGUGAAUUGGAUUUAAGGUUGAUGUUACUGAUGUCAUUGAUUUUGGUCCCUAAAAAAAAAGUGUUUUGCAGGGACAUAAAACUUUGAGAGCUAUUGAGUACCUUUACUUUUUAAUUUUCAGUUUGUUACUUAUGCUCAUUUUGAACCAUAAAAAACCUUAUAGCAGUGAACAUGAAUGAUAUGAUUUGUUGUCUCAAGAUGGCUGAUACAUUUACUUAGUAAAUGAUACAGUCAUUAGUUUUCAGAAUGUUAAGUAACUCAGUGAAGGAAAAUUGAAAUUUUGAUUAUACUUGGUUUAGUUUCUUAUUUGAUUUUCCCCUUUUACUAAAGGGUGAAAAGACUUGUAUUUUUUCAUAUCCCAAUGCUGGUUAACAGAAACCCUUGCAUCUUGGAAAGGAUGUAUAAAUUCUCCCCAAAACUGGGAACACCAAAAAAUUGCAUCGUAAUUAAUAACACUCCUUUUAGUGUGAAGUUUGCCUUCACCUGUAUGCAACUAUUUCACAACUAAAUCUUUUCCAGAGUAAGACUUUGGUAACUAGGAGGUAUGCUGAGACUUUCUCCACUAAGUUGUGGCUAAUGGAGGAAAAAUGGAGUUGGAGGAUCUAGCUGUGUUAUGUGUAAUAAGAAAUGUGGAGCUUGAAUCCAAGCAAAAGUUUUUGUUUGAGUGAAGUGUGUUGCCUUUCUGAUGUAAGCUAUUCUGGGUUUUUUAGUCUAAAUUAUUUCACAAAACAAACUCAAGUUUUUGGUUAACUGUUUAAUUGUAUUAGCCUUACAAAAUGUUUACUGCAUCCUGGAUAUAUUUGCCUUUGAAAAACACAGGCAGGGAGGAGGAAUUAAAAAAAAAAAAAAGCCCUAUUUCUGCCUUGAGAACCUCAUGAUCUGAGCAGACUAGAAAACCAGGAUCUCAGCCAUGUGGAAGUUAUAUACAGGUCUAACUUCUCAUCUCUUCCUACCAUCCCAUCCACUGUCCCAGCAGUGUAUGUCUUCGCUUAGACUUUCCUGUUCUAUUUAAUAUUGUUGGUUUGGUUUUUUUAAUGGCCUUGUUUUAAAGGAUUAUUUCCCACAUUAGAUUUGGUCUGAGGGGGGGGAAAAAAGAUUGUGCGUGGGUAUAAAUGAAUCUCUGCUACAAACUGAAUUCCCUUCCUCAUCUUUCAUACAGAUACUUUAUGCUGAUAAAGACCUAAAGCCAAACUGACAUGAGGAGACAACACUAUUUUGUAAUAGUGAUGAAUGUUUGUUGUUCGCUAGAAUAACUCUCCAUCCCACAGAAAGGGGAAAUUUAAAGGAAAAAAUCCACAUGAUUUUUGCCUUUCCAGGAAAUCUCAUUUUGCAUGUGUUGUGAAGGACUUAUUUCAGGAGAUUUCCUUACUAUUUCCUGAGAGUUUUAUUUAUUCUUGGAUACUGUUGAAAAACUUACCUUGUGUAGGGUAUAGGACUUUCAGAAGAAAUUUAAUUUACACUCAAGCGCUAACUUGAUAAGUUAAAUGAUUUUUGCCUAAAUACUUAUGUUGACAUAGGAAUUGGUGUCCUUGCAGUAAAGUAACUCUGGUUAAUUUUAUUCUUAUUGGCUUGAAUAGAAGCUUAAUAUUAAGGUCAGAAGAAGAUAGAAAAAAAAAAAAUCUUCUUUAUAAAAGGCAAUUUCCUUGCUUCUCAACAUUUGCUAAUAAAUUUUGAAGAGGUUUUAAACACUGGGAAGUAGCAUACCCUUUGUAACCUAAGAGGACAUGCUCUAUAAACAGCAAGGAAAAAAGUGAGAAUAACCAGUAUCUGAGUACCAGAUUCCUAGGUAUAUUUUCUUUUUAAAUUUUCUGAGCAUUGAAUUAAAUAUUGUAACAAAUGAUGUGUAGCUGAAUUUUAGUCUGUACAACAAAGAUUUGUUGCUCUGCUAUUGGCCUACUGAAAUCAUUGGGACAUGGUAUGGUGUCGAGGGGGUUUUAAUGUGUGAUAUUUAUCUGAAAUAUUUUGCCGCCUAGUAGUUUCUGUGAAGUGAUGUCAUAUAUUAAAAUGGUGAAAUAGAAAAUACUUUCCAACCACUCUGCCUUCUGAACAAACAGAUAUUUGUAGGCAUUUUUACAAAUGUAACAUCAUACGGAGGAUAUGUUUUGACGUUGAAAAAUAUGAGGCUUAAUGUUCAAAAUCACAGGUAGUGAUUACUUGUGUCUGGCUUUUUUAAAUCGUACUUUAAUUCUAUGCCACCCAGGUAUAACACUUUUUAUACGAGUCAAUUAAAAUAUCUUUUUCUUUUAUUUAAAUGCUAAAUUGAACUGUAGUUCAGCAAUUUAGGAGAUUGAAUGAAAUGAGUAUUGAAUGGUAAGAUGGUCAAUAAAGGUGCUUAUUGUUAA